AUGACAAGAGCUGCCAAAAAGAAAGUCUAGCCAAGCAAAACAAACAAAAAGGCUAAACAAUCAAAGGUUAUUUCUGCCAAAAAUUCCGCCAUCAAUAAUGAAGAGAUUAGCCAAUUUGGAGAAGUAGACAAUGGUACUGAGAACUAAUCCUUAGUAAUGAAUCAAGCUAUAAGAGAUGAAGACAAGAGAAAAUCAAGUUAAGAGGAUAUAGGUUAAAUAAAUAGGACAUCGCAGGAUAGAGAGUCAUUUCGAGAGAGCUUUGAUGACAAAAAUGAGUAAAAAGGUCAGACUCAAUUUGGCACAGUGACUAAAGCUUAAGCCAAGUUUUAAGCUGCUAACCUCAAAUCAGCUAAAUUCAAUAAAAAAUCUACAUCUCAUUAAACUCAGUUGAGAUAUGAUUCAUAGUCUGAGAGAUCAAGUAGAGUAUCUAAAGAUCAUGAAGUUGCUAAACCUUAAAAUAGCAAAGUUAAAGGAAGCUAGAGAUUAUCCGUCGAUGAAUAGGAAAUGUAGCAAAUUGAGAGUAAUCAAGAUAUAUAGCUAAUAGAAUCAGAAAUAAAAAUUAAUUAAGAGAAUCAGAAUUAUUCGUCAAUUUCUAAAAAACAAUUUAAUGAAGCACAAGCAGAAUAAUAAGAUGAAAAAGAUCAGAAUCAUGAAGGUGUCUUUAUUUAGAAUGAUGAUAAAAGUGGUUAAAAGUCUAGAGUCUAAAGAGCUAAAAGUAGAAACACAGGGAGAAAUAAAUCAGCAGUCAAAAAAACAAAUCAGCAAAAAAGUUAGAAUGAACAGAUUGAUAGAGCUGAGUAAUAAGUUUCAAAUCUAAUAGAUGAAAAAUCUUAGACUAAUUUAGCUUAAUAGCAUGAUGAGAUUUAAAUUUAAUCUAUUCAAUCUGAUAACCAUUAAGAUGUUGAUCACUAAGUAAUCAUUCCAGAAAAAUCUAAACAAGAAAUCGAAGAGGAAUAACUGAGGUUAUUGGAAGAGAGAAAAUAAAAUAAUUAAAAUUAUCAAAAUUGGCAAAAAAGAAAAAGAAUUUUUGCCUUUGAUUUGUAAAAAUCCCUUGGAAAUAAUCUUCCUUAAAUAUUUACUGAUCCCGAAUUAAAACGUGAGAAACUAUUAGAAGGAAAUUUGCUUCAAUAGCUUACUGAAUAAAUUCAAUCUCUGAAAGCAAAAGUAAUUUCUGAUGCAGGAGGAAUCAAUAAUUUUAGUCUAGAUAUUUUGAUAAAUGAUCCUGAAUUCACUUAAAUAAUAAUGCCAUCUCUAUCAUAAAUCAUUGAAGGAUCCCCAAAAAAUCUUUAAAAUUUGACUCUUGAGUGCUUAGAUUAUAUUUCUAGUAAUUUAUUGAUUGAAGAUGGUCAAAAUCUUGAUCCUAUUAUGUUUGAAAGCCUAUUAAUGAGAUCUGCUCUUCGAAAAUGCUAUGGAAUUAAAACAAAGAACUAAUAAAUUUAUUCUGAUGAGAAUCCAAAAUCUUUGUGGUGUUGGGAGUUGGUGAAUAAUUCAUGGAUAAAUCCAAUUGUAAGUGAAAGUAAAAUAAAGAAAAUCAAGUAAUAAAGAGCAGUAGUAGGAAAAAAGGUCUAGAUAUUGUCAUAAAUUAUAGAUAUGGUAGAUGAUAUCAAUACUUUUGAAAAUGACGAAAAAAUAGCUAAACUUGAAUAAGAAUAUCAGAAUUAUUAGUUAGUCAUUAUCAAAGAGUCUUAAGGAGAGCUAGUGAAGAGAAAAAGAGAGAUCGAUGAUAAUGAAUCUAAAAAAUUACAGCUAGAUAAUGAACUUUCUAAAGUAAGCAACCCAUUUUCCUCUAAUUAAUCUCAAAAUGGAUCUUCUAAAAACUCAAAAUCAAACAGAUUUUAGUCAAGAGCUAAACUGACCGAUGAUGAUGAAGAUAAACAAUCAGAAUUAUUGGCUUAGGAAAAAAAAAAUAUUGAAGAAGUAGCUUAAAUAGAUAAUUCUGCUCAAUUAUCGAAGAUUAUUCCACAAAAAUAGCAGGCUAUUAAGAGUAUAAUGAGCUUUUUCCCAGUAAUUUAAAAUAAAUAAUCAGUUUCACUCUCAAAUCUGAUGUAGAAAAACGAAAAUGAAGGUUUUGUGAAAAAUCCAUAUAUCUCAUUCAAGAAUAAUAAUUAUGAGCCAGUUUCUAAGAAAAUAUAGCAAAAUAACUCUUCACCUAGCUGGUCACUUAAUAAUCUUGAAGAAUUAGUUCAUCUGCUUUAAUAAACAAGCCAAUAAGAAGUAUAAGAGUUUAGACAAACUAAUAACUUGCAUAGAUUAAAGCAUAUUAUUAUUUACAAUUCUGGAAUGAGUUAUAAUGGAGACUAGUUUUUUAAAAAGAGCCAGAACCUUUCCUGUAGAAAUCCAUUUGAAAUGGAUUUCUAGUGCAUAGACUAUGAUCAAAAUAGUGAUGAUGAGUGGCAUGAAAUACACUGCGACAAUCUUGAAGAUGACAAUCUUUUAGCAGAAGAAGAAAAUUCAGAGCUAAAUUAGGAUGAUCCAGAGCUAAGAAGAGAAGGAUUCAUUGUUGCAGAUGACUAUCACUCUUAAGAUUACUCGCAAGAUUCAUUCCAGCCAGAUGACUAUGAGGAAACUAAAUUCGUUUAGAAUAGAAGAGAUUUAUUGAGAAGAUAACUUGAAAGAGAGGAGAACAGGCUCAAGUCUAAUAUAAUUUAGAGAACUUAUAUCAACACUUAUGAGAAUUCAGAUUUAAGUAACUUCAAAGCUGUAGCAUUUAGAAGACCUUUAUUAACUGUAAGAUCUAAGAAGAGAGAUGAAAGUAGAAGACAGAGCAUGAAUCAAGAUUAAAAUGAUCAAUAAUAAAUUGAAGGAUUUCCAAUCAGAGUAUUUAAAUUAGCAAGAGAUCAAGACUUGGACAAGCAAAAAGCUCAAAUAAAAGAUUAUAUAAAUGAUCUGAUUGAAAUAGCUCAUGGUUGUAUUCUCUCAAAAAAGUAACUUUAGGAAUAGAUAAAAUAGAAAUAUCCUGAACUACCAAAGUUAAAAAUUGAGAUAUUUGUAAAGGAAUGUUUUGACAAAGAAAAGAGACAUCCCGAUUCAAAGGCAAGACUUUAUGCAAGAAUUGAUGCAAUUGAAAAAUAUGGGGGCGAUGAGCAAUUAAUAGCUAAUAUGCCUCUUAUUCUUGAAUCAAAGAGGGAUUAGGAAAUCAUCAAUAGAAAUCAAGAAGCAAUGAAUUAAGUAGGCCCAUCUCAGAUUGAGUCUAAAUCAAAUAAAUCAUCUAAAAUCUCAUCUAAAACAGUCAGAAGUGAGUAAGUCUAGUCUUAAAAUGAAUUUCAUAAAUACUUGCAAUAAACCGAUGACAAAGAAAUGUAAUUCUAAGAAGAUACCAUGCAAAAUAUAAAUGCAGCUGAAUAGAUAGAAAAUGUCAGGUAGGAUGACGUGUCAGCAUUUAAUGAGAGUUCAUUUGGAGUUCACAAUGGCAACAAUAGUUUACUCUAGAGCAGGAGAAACGAUUCCUGGGUCACUUUUCAAGCAUAGACCCCGAUAUUUGAUAACAGAAAAUAGCAUAGUAGCUAGCAAUUUGAUCAAAUAGAGAAUAAUGAAUUUCUCGAAUCCAAUCCAAUUAAUACUAAUGAGAUUGACUAUAAUCAGAAUGAAGAAGUCCAUUUAUCUCAACAUGCAAUUAUAUAAUAUAAAGAUAGUGAAAAGCCAGUUUACAUCUCGUAGGAAAGCUAUUGUAGAAAUACUCAACAGAACUAAUCCACUCCUAUUCACAACUUUAAGAAAUUAAAGCCUUCAAGAAAGUCUUUAAGAAUAGCUUCAAAAUCAAAGGAGAGAUAAGCAUCACAAUCUGCUAAUAAGACUAUAUACAACCUCGGAACUAUGAAUACGACAAAUUAGAAUGACUCUUAUAAUCCUAUGAUUGAGCACACCAUUUAUACUCCACAACUUGAUAAAUCAUCUGUCGAAGCUCAAUAUUAUUCAUAGCUGGAAUGCAAUAACUAAAGCAGUUCUAAUCAAAGCAAAGCUUAGAUUAACUAUUUAUCUUAGGAAGCAAACUACUAUCAAAGCUAGCAGAUAUCGCAAAAUACUUUGAUCACUCCCAAGAAGCCUAACAGACUUGACUCAAAGAUAAGAGAUCUAGUUAAUCAGACCAUGUAUUUGAAUUAGCAGCCAAGAGUAGAAGAAUAUCAAGAUGAGAGACGAGAUUUCAAUGACUCAACUAAUGAUAACUUUAACACUUUUCCCAAUGAUUUAACAAUAGCAGAUAUUAUGCCUAAUGAUGAACAAUGCUAUGAAAAUGAUGAUGAACUUAAUCAAGCGCUAUCCUAGAAGUGA